AUGGCCACGAAUCCAAAUCUUGAGGUUGUAAGUGACGUGCGGAGAGAAGGAAAUUAUCAAGGGAGGUGGUGGGGAAAGAUUUUGGAUGUGAGAGAGGCCAAAGAACAAAUAUCGACCGCAUUGCCUUUGAUCGUGGCUUAUGUUUUCUGCUACUCAAUGACUAUGGUGUCCAUAAUGUUCGCUGGCCACCUUGGCGAACUUGAGCUUGCGGGUUCAUCUCUUGCCAAUUCAUGGGCCACGGUGACCGGUUUUGGUUUAAUGACGGAGUUAAGCGGAGCAUUGGAGACGCUCUGUGGUCAAGCGUUUGGUGCCAGAAUUUACAGACAGCUCGGAAUUUAUCUACAAGCAUCCUGCCAAAUUUCUUUCCUUUUCUCUAUUCUCAUACCCGUUCUACGGCUCUUCACAAAGCCCAUACUCGUCCGCCUUCGUCAAGAUCCUGAAGUUGCAACUGCCGCCGCCCUUUACAUAAAGUACCUCAUUCCUGGGCGAUUUGCCUUCGGUUUUGAGCAAAACAUCAUGAGGUACUGUCAGGCACAAGGCAUUACGUUGCAUUUGGUCUUGUUCACGGGGGUGCCAUUUGGCCUUCAUUUUGCGCUUGUGUACUUUUUGGUCAAUCGGACAAGUAUGGGUUUCAUAGGAUCGCCAGCGGCAGCUUCAAUUUCAAUAUGGCUAUCAUGUCUUUCGCUAGCAAUGUUUGUCAUCUUCUCUAAGAGGUUUGAGAACACAUGGAAAGGGUUGUCGUUAGAAUCAUUUGGUAACAUUCUCAAAAUCUUGAGACUAGCCAUACCCUCUGCAGCAAUUGCUAGCCUGGAGUAUUGGGCGUUUGAUGUUCUUAUAAUUUUAGCAGGAUUGAUGCCGAAUCCAAAAAUCAAGUCUUCAUUGAUUGCAAUAUGCCUGAAUAUAGAAGCUAUUGCCUACAUGAUUGCAUAUGGCCUUAGUGCUGCAGCAAGCGUAAGGGUGUCUAAUGAAUUGGCAGCUGGAAAUCCUAACCUAGCUAAGCAUGCCAUGGCUGUCGCUUUGAAACUAUCAUUCCUUCUUGCUCUGGUAGCUGUCCUAACUAUAGUCUUUGGUCAUGAUAUUUUGGCUAAUUUCUUUACAGACAGCUCUUCAAUGAUAAAGAAAUUUGCCUCAAUGUCACCCCUACUGGCAGCCUCCAUAGCAAUAGACGUCAUACAAUGCGUCUUAUCAGGGGUGGCCAGAGGAUGUGGUUGGCAACUCCUAGCUGCCUGUACCAACUUGGGGUGUUUCUACGUGAUUGGUCUUUCAAUUUCAGUCCUGCUUAGGUUUAAGUUUAACCUACAUACUAAGGGAUUAUGGACGGGCUUAAUUUGCGGGCUGUCUUGUCAAGCUGGCAUCCCCUUGUUGAUUACAUUAUAUGGAAAAUGGAGUCGAGUUGAUCUCUCGGAGGAAACCCCAAAUUUGGGUUAA